UGCGCCCCUACACCCGCGCCGACACCAUGGACGCGCACCGGAGCCCAGAGCGGCGCCGCAGGAGGUCGCUGUACCGGUCGGGGUCGAAUGUCAGCAACACGGCCAGCUUCAUGGAGGAUGUGGAGAUGGCGCAGGACGAGGUAGAGCUCCAGCCAUUGAACGCACGGCGCACACGUACAUGGAGACAGCAGCUGACCCCCGCCAUCAAGAUGUUUGCCGGCCCCAUGUCGGAGAGCGUGCCCACGAGCAUUUCCUCGUUUGCCCACCGCCGCGCUCGCGCAGACUCGACCACCAGCUUCACCUACUAUGACGACGAGCACGACUCGGACGUGGACAUCGAGGAGGAGGCCAUUGCCGAGGAGUACGGCGAGAUUGAGUACGACGGGUACACGGUCGAGGAGCUGGACGAGCUGGACGACGCCGACUCCCCCGCGCCCUCGCAUCGGCGGCGCAAGUCGUCUGGCUUCUCCAGGCGCAGCUCGGUCGACCGGCCUCUGCUGCGCAGGCAGUCGUCCGGGUCCAGUGUCGGCUCUGCCGACGGCACCAGAGGGCGCCGAAACAACCAGAAGAUCUACAUCUUGACCGAAGACCUGACUAUUGUGGUCGCUGGCUUCCACACGUCCAAGAUCGGAUUCGCCAUGUACCUCGCCAUAUGCAUCUCCACGGUCGGACUCGCAUGGCUCAUCUUCCAGUGGCUGCCGAGGUGGAAGGUCGCGCUGGUCGGCCGGCCUGCGCCCCUGAAGGACUGCUCGUGGCUGGUCAUUGAGAACCAGUGGGGCGAGUUUGCCGUGCAGCACAUCGCGGAGCAGGAAUACGGCCGCUCGCUGUCGACCGUAUUUGGCGUUCCUGAAAAGGACCGCCAUCGCGACUACGAUGAGGACUUCGACCCCGUCAUCAAGCAGUUGCGCUGUCUCGACUACCGCUACAUUCGCUUCUGCUACAACCCGCUCAAAGACAAGUUCGUUCUGGCCAACACGUGGCAGGACCCGGCCUGGACCAAUGUCACGGCUCUGCGCGAAGGUCUUGACACCGAAGAGCGUGACUACCGCGAGCUGGUCUUCGGCAAGAACAUGAUUGACCUUGCUGAGAAGCCGCUAGGCCAACUGCUAGUCGAGGAAGUAAUCAACCCCUUCUACGUCUUCCAGAUUGCCAGUCUGUUCCUCUGGUCUGUCGACGAGUAUUACUACUAUGCCGCCUGCAUCUUUGUCAUUUCGGUGGUCAGCAUAACGGCAACAGUGAUCGAGACGAGAGCUACGAUGAAACGCCUACGAGAAGUAUCGCGCUUUGAGUGCGAGGUGCGCGUGCUGCGAAACGGGUUCUGGCGCACCGUCGAUUCGGCCGAGUUGGUGCCAGGUGAUGUCUACGAGGUCACGGAUCCGUCGCUCACGCAGCUUCCUUGCGACAGUCUGCUGCUUUCGGGAGACUGCAUUGUCAACGAGAGUAUGCUCACAGGUGAAUCAGUACCUGUGUCCAAGAUCCCCAUGACAGACGAGGCCCUCGAGGUUCUUGACCUAGGCGCUUCGACCAUUCACCCCGAAAUCGCAAGGCACAUGCUGUUCUCCGGAACGAAGAUCAUCCGCGCUCGCAGGCCACAUGAAGACGACAGCGACGAAGAAGCCGCUGCCUUGGCCAUGGUAGUGCGGACUGGCUUCAACACGACAAAGGGUGCAUUGGUCCGAUCCAUGCUCUUCCCCAAGCCUUCCGGCUUCAAGUUCUACCGCGAUUCCUUCCGGUAUAUCUCAGUCAUGGCAGGUAUCGCCAUGAUCGGUUUCGUCGCAUCGUUCAUUAACUUCAUCCACUUCGGUCUCGCCUGGCACUUGAUCGUGGUGCGCGCGCUUGAUCUGAUUACCAUCGUCGUUCCGCCUGCGCUGCCUGCCACUCUUACCAUUGGGACCAACUUCGCCCUCUCUCGGUUAAAGCAGAAGCAGAUCUUCUGCAUAUCCCCGCAGCGUGUGAAUGUCGGAGGUAAACUCGAUGUGAUCUGCUUCGACAAAACUGGAACUCUAACCGAAGAGGGACUGGACGUGCUUGGAGUACGCGUGGUCGAGCGCCCUGCAAACAGAUUCAGUGAGAUUCUUUCUGAGAACGUAGACGUGCUUCCCAACUCGAGGUAUGACCGGGAUCCGACCAUUGAUUACGCGAAACACAAGGCCAUACUGUACACCAUGGCGACCUGCCAUUCUUUGCGACUGAUCGAUGAUGAGCUUUUGGGCGACCCGCUGGAUGUCAAAAUGUUCAACUUCACUGGAUGGAGCUUUUCUGAAGGAGAGCAAGGGGCGGGCGCUGGAGAUGAUGAACAGGACAAGCUCCGGCCGUCUGUUGCAAGGCCGCCUCCCGGCCGCGAGUACGACAUCGACGAUGAAGAGGACGACGAAAACAGAAAGCCAAUCGAGCUUGGUGUACUGAAGUCUUUCGAGUUUGUUUCGCAACUCAGAAGAGCAAGCGUGAUCGUGCGCCAAUUCGGUUCCAAGACCGCGCAGGUCUACGUCAAAGGAGCGCCAGAGUGUAUGAGAGAUAUUUGCCGUCCUGACAGUUUUCCUACGGAUUACGAAGAGCUUCUGGCUUUUUAUACCCACAAAGGCUUCCGUGUCAUUGCUUGCGCUACAAAAAGUCUCAAAGCCAACUGGCUAAAGUUGCAAAAGAUGAAGCGAGAGGAGGCCGAAAAAGAACUUGAGUUCGUCGGCUUCAUCAUCUUUGAGAACAAGCUGAAGCCUACCACAUCGCCUGUUAUCGAAGAGCUGGACAGGGCCAACAUUAGGACCGUCAUGUGCACCGGUGACAAUAUCCUUACAGCUAUCAGCGUCGCGAGGGAGUGUGGACUCAUCAACAAGACUGCUCAUUGCUUUAUCCCGCAUUUCGUCGAGGGCGAUUCGAGGACUGCACUCGCUAGCCUUAGUUGGGAGAGCGUCGAUGAUCCUCUGUUCAAGCUGGACGAGAACACACUCAGGCCUCUGCCCCCACCGGCCGAAGCCGACAUAUCUUUGCCUUACGAUAUUUCUAACCUCCGAAACUACUCUUUAGCCGUUAGCGGAGACGUCUUCCGCUGGAUCAUCGACUUUGCGCCAGAAAAGGUUCUCCGCGAAAUGCUGGUGUGUGGACAAGUCUUCGCACGCAUGUCGCCCGACGAGAAACACGAGCUCGUCGAGAAGCUGCAAAGCAUUGACUAUUGUGUCGGAUUCUGCGGCGACGGCGCGAACGACUGCGGCGCUCUCAAAGCCGCCGAUGUAGGCAUCUCGCUUUCCGAAGCAGAAGCCUCUGUCGCAGCGCCAUUCACCAGCCGCGUCUUCGACAUCUCGUGCGUGCCCCAAGUCAUCAAAGAAGGCCGCGCCGCGCUAGUCACCAGCUUCAGCUGCUUCAAGUACAUGAGCUUGUACUCGGCGAUCCAGUUCACGUCCGUCAGCUUCCUCUACGCGUCCGCGUCCAACCUCGGCGACUUCCAGUUCCUCUUCAUCGAUCUCCUGCUCAUCCUGCCCAUCGCCAUCUUCAUGGGCUGGUCCGGCGCCUUCCCCCAGCUCAGCCGCAAGCGCCCCACCGCCAGCCUCGUCAGCCGCAAAGUGCUGACUCCCCUGCUCGGCCAGAUUGUCCUCUGCAUCCUCACGCAGGCCCUUGCCUACGAAUACGUCCAGAAGCAGCCCUGGUACCUCCCGCCCGUCGUCGACAAAGACCACUCCAACAGCCUCAACUCCCAGAACACGGCCCUCUUCCUCGUCUCCUGCUUCCAGUACACGCUCUCCGCCAUCGUGCUCUCCGUUGGCAAGCCCUUCCGCCAGCCCAUGAGCCAGAAUCUGCCCUUCGUCGUCACCAUCCUGUUCGCGCUCGUGGUGACGUGCUACAUGCUGUUCGACCCCGCGCAGUGGCUCGUCCGGCUCAUGGAACUCACCCCAAUGAGUCUGGGCUUCCAGAUUUUCCUGCUUGUGCUGGGGCUCGGCAACUUCGCGCUCGCCUAUCUCGGCGAGAAGUACGUGCUGCCUGUGUUGGCGAAGUGGAUUGGGCUCGCGAAGGUGAGGGUUAAUCCCGGGUGGAGGAAGAAGAGGAAGGAGUAUAAGCUUAUUAGGGAGGAUGUGAAGAUGUGA